GAAGGAUAUUAUCGUAAUCUGUAAUUUUAUUGAAGAAACCAAUAAUUCAAAGGGAUACGGAUGGCUCAAAAAAGUGUAAUGAGAAUAAAUGAAGACUAAAAAUUUAUGCAACAGGUCUUAAAAAUAUUAUAAGUGUAUAUUUAAUUUAUUUUUUAUAACAUGUCAGAUGAUUUUGAUAUCGAAGUUAAUUUUGAAUAAAACAGUUCAAUGACUUUUGAAAUGUUUUAAUUUAUUUAUAAUCAUAGAGGGCAUAAUAGCGUAAGAUUUCCGAAAGCUGGAAUAAAGAUAAAUAAUGAAGGAUUAACAUCGACAAAUGGAAUGCAAAUAUAGACAACAAAGGAAGCAAUAACACAAUAACAUAUAAAAAUUGGAGAUAUAAUUGGUUAAGGAGUGUCAAGCUAUGUUUGUAGAGGACUUUAUAUCCCAUAAACUUGUGAAGUUGCGUUAAAAGUUGAUACAUAUACUUAAUAUAAAGAUAAUCAACGUUUUUGACAAAGAUAAAAGACAUUAAAUGCUGAAUGAUCUGAGUACAUUACUAAAUGGCAUAGAGUGUGAGCAGUUGAUAAAGUUUUAUGGAGCAUAUUACGAGGAAGGUAUCUCUUUAAACAAAAUAUCAGGAACUAUACGACUAGUGCUAGAAUACAUGGAUUAAGGAUCUUUGAGAAGCAUAAUUGAAUAGAUUUAUAAAAACAAUUUAGUUGAGUUCAUCAAUGAACAAAUCAUAGCUACAAUAACUUACAAUAUUCUCCUCGGGUUAUAAUAUUUACAUUAACAAAAACAUUAACUUCAUCGAGACAUCAAACCAGAAAAUAUUCUCAUCAAUAGUUAAGGAUAAAUUAAGCUUACAGAUUUUGGGAUCAGUAAAUAACUGGAAAAUACUAUUGCAAUAGCUAGAACAUUUGUUGGCACUCUUAUGUACAUGUAAUUAGCAAUUAAUUUGAUUUGUAUUAAUUUAUUAGGUCUCCAGAAAGAACUGAAGGAAAGAAUUAUUCUUAUGCAUCAGAUAUAUGGUCAUUAGGAUUGAUUAUUUAUGAAUUGGCAACAGGGCAACAUCCUUAUGCAUUUUCAAAAAAAUCUAUGACAUAUAUCCAAAUGAUUUAAAACAUACUCAAAUCUGAUUCUCCAAAAUUAGACAAUCAUCCAUAUAGUUUUGAAAUGAAGGAUUUUUUGAAUAUAUGGUAUCAUAUUCGACUUAUCUAGUCUUAAUAAAGACCAGAACAAACGUUUGGAUGCUUAGACUUUGUUACAACACAAUUGGAUUUUGAAAAAUGUAUAGAAUUAAUAAUAUGUUCAAUAAUGGAUAUCUUUGAAAGAUCAAAAAAUAAAAUAAAAAUUGUAAUAAUCAUGA